AUGAGUGGACAACCUGGUGUAUCAAAUCGGGAGAUCAAGAGAAUUUGCGAAAAGGUUAUGUCUCCGUUAAAGAAGGAUUGGGCUAAGAGACUUGACUAUGAACUCUGGGUAUAUAGGGUUGCAUACAAAACUCUUAUUGGUAUGUCUUCAUAUCAUCUAGUUUUUGGCAAAGCAUGUCACUUUCCGAUUAAGUUAAAGCAUAAUGCUUUUUGGGCAAUUAAAAAGUUGAACUUCAAUUUGGAAGCAGUUGGUAAGAAGCGUUUGCUUCAGCUAAAUGAGAUGGAUGAGAUUAGAUUGGAUGCUUAUGAAAUGCCAAGAUAUAUAAAGAAAAGACAAGGAGAUGGCAUGGUGUAA